GAACUCGCCGCAGAAUUUGGAAAGACGAGCACUCGCCGUUCUGUUUUUGCUAAAACUUUCGAUCGUUGACUUUUGACAGAAGACAUCAUACCUUUUUUCUUAUUUAUUUUGAUUUCGCCGAGAUUUUUCUCCCGAAGGUAUUUUAUUUUCUGCAAACGUUUUACUUGUUUUUCGUAGUAUAUUUAUUACGUAAUUUCGUGUUAUGCAAUUCUCUGAGUAAAUUAUUUUAUUUGCACCAAAGACAAAGUUCUCUGGUUUUAUGUGUACGUUUUUGUUACGUACGAAAAUAAAUCUUGCGCGUGAAUAUUUCAGUUCGCGUAUUUAUCGAAUAACAACCUGCAUACAAUAAGAGUCUUUCUUGUGACACACGGAACGAAUAGCUAAUCGAUAAAAUACACGAAACAUGUAGUUCGUUUCCUUGGCCCUUCCUCCUCGCACGAUUAUCGCGCGUAAAAUUUAAAAAAAAAAAAAAAACACCGACUGCGUCGGAUCAUCGACGAUUUCGCAAAAAAGGCGCGUAGAAUUUUCUACUCGAUUUCACGCGCGUUUCACACACGCGCGUAGCACACAAUCUCUCAGUCGCGUGCGUUGCUUUCGAAUUCGAAUCGUGCACGGGGUGUCGCUGCUUUUUGACGUUGCUACCAACCGCGCGCACGUAAAAGCGCAAGUGUUCCAAAUAGUAUAAACAUGGCCUCGCGGUACGGUCACGGUGUUCAGCGAGUUUUAGCGAAAUUAGAAGCGUCGAUUAACUCCGAGAAUUAUUAUGAGGCCCAUCAGAUGUACAGAACGUUGUAUUUCAGAUACCUCGGUCAGAAAAAAUACUCGGAACUUUUGGAAUUGCUGUACAAUGGGUCACGGCUCUUAUUACAACACGAACAGUAUGCGAGCGGCGCCGACUUAGGAAUUUUAUUUAUCAAUGUUUUGACACAAUCUGGAAUUGAACCUAUGCAAGAGUUCUUUGAAAAAAUCACAACACUUUUGAGCCUGAUGAGCCCGUCGUCUCCGGAAAGAGAAGUGUUUGUACAGUCCGCGCUUAAAUGGAGCAUAAAAGGUACAGAUUAUAAAAUAGGUCAUCCAGAUUUGCACCAAAAAAUGGCUCAAGUUUUUUGGAAAGAAAAAAAUUACACACUAGCCAGGCAACAUUUUCUGUAUAGUAGAGAUGGUUCUGGCUGUGCGGCCAUGUUAGUAGAACUACACGAACAGCGUGGCUAUGUCAACGAAAUAGACCUCUUUAUAGCUCAAGCAGUUUUGCAGUAUCUCUGUUUACAAAACAAAGCAACAGCACAGGAAGCCUUCAAUUCUUAUACCUCGAGGCAUCCAAAAAUAAGUAGCGGUCCGCCCUAUCUUCUUCCCUUGUUAAACUUUUUGUUUUUCUUACUCAAAACAAUUGACACUGGCAAACUAGCGGCGUUCACAAUUCUCUGCGAACAGUAUCAGAUUUCUCUAAAUAGAGACCCACAUUAUCGACAGUACUUAGAAAAAAUAGGCCAACUGUUUUUCAAUAUCCCGCCACCCCGUCCACGUAAUCAAGGAUACUUUAACUCGUUGUUACAAUCUUUCUUCAACGGUAUGGAGGACGACGAGUCGGACGACGAGCAACGAAACACAGCCUCAACCUCGCAUCACACUGUGCAAGAACUUGAUUGAUUAAAGGUGAGACACUGUAAGGUGUGACUUUAUAAAUUGCCGAACUUUUAUAUAUAUUAUUAAUCCUCGACCCAGAUACUUUCACCAGUUUCCACUUUUUGAGUAAAUAUGCCGAUAAAGGGAGCAUCUUCUUUGACACCCUUGAUUUUGACAUGUUAUCAAAGUCAUGGCCCAGAGUGACCUUCAAAAAGUUUUAAGUAAUGCUCACUGUUCGUUAAAAAGUUAUUAACAAAAACUGAUAUGACAAUAAAAUAAAGUUUUUCAUACAUAAAAGUAAGUGUAAAGUCUAGAAACCUAUGUCGAACAGUAUAAUCGUAUACCUCGUUUCAUCCCUAAGCAAGGGAGAGGUGUAGGUUGACCCUCGCUUUGCGUGGAAAAUCGAAAACGCAUGUGGAACAGAACAAUUACAGACUUCGCUUUGCUUCAUAAACAGAGAAGAAAGUAUGUUUAGUAUAAAAUAAAUAAAAACUAACUUUAUAAAUAUUACGAUAAGCUUGAAAAGUACGUGCUAAGGUGAAAGAGCGUACAAAGAGAAGGAGCCCGUGUGCGCUCUCUCACAUAAAAAAAAAAAAAAACUUGGAAGUGUAGAAAGUAUCAAUGGUUGGAAGUACUACUUGGAAAGUAUAUGCGUGUAUUUCACCUUCCUACAGAGAGGCUUUGCUAUGGAAAAAACUAAACACAUGAGUUUACUUUAACUUAACAAACAUUUUUUGUUAAUAACUUUUUAACAAACAGUGAUUAUUUCAAACCUUUUGAAGGUCACUCUGGGCCAUGACUUUGAUAACAUGUCAAGAUCAAGGUCAUCAAAAACUGCUCCCUUUGUCGGCAUAAUUACCACUUUUUGUCAUCGAUAAGACUUUGAACCGUAAACAUUUUAUAUAUGUUUACACGUAGCCAUUUAUUUUUUCUGGUCCGUGUGUACGUAAACUCCAAAGAAUGUGGAAGUAUGUGGGACGACUUGUGUAGGAAUUUAUCAAAGUUGUAAGUUGGGUUGUCAACUGAAUUCACAAUAGUUCACGAAUUCAAGUCUUAAUUAUUUGAUACAUAUCUGUGUCGUACAUACAUAUACUCUUUUUUUUUCUUUCUUUUUUCUUAAUCAAACUCACGGAUGUGUGCAAUAAACAUGGAGGUGGUUUUAUAUAAAAUCAAGUUUGUUAUGCGAAUAAAUAAUUUGAAGCAAAUCAUGAUUGUUACGUAAAAGCUACGUCGUAGUCGUCUUAAUAUUUUGCACGUGAGUGGAAUGAAAAACUCGCGCGUUCGCACUUCAUUACUUGUGUAAUCGCUAUUUUUAUUGAGUACUUUUCCAAAAAGAGCAAAUAAAAAAAUUGACCAGCUCUCUUCACGUUUAAUUAAAUUAAUGAAUUUCGUUAAUUUAAUUAAAGAAUCUCGAAGUUUCGUGUCGUCUUCGUGAGUUUCUUUUAACUUCGAUUUCUGUUUCACGAGAUUAUUUUCAACGAUUGUAUUUUCUAUACGUUUUAAAAUGUUGUCUUUGUGCUCGUGACGCUGUUGCGAAGAAAAUUUGACAAGAACCUUCGCGCUCAAUAUCGUGAGAAAUAAAUUGUCAGAAUGAUCCAAACAUCUUUCUUUCGCUCGAUUCGCGUGCUCUGUAAUGUGCGAACGUGCGGACUUCACCAGAGAUGCCAGAUUCUGAACACUUGGUAGCAUGCGGUAGCAUGGAGGGGAUGCGCACUCAACCUCAGAUCGUGUGCUCGAGCUUCGGGCGCGAUCGCACACGUACACGAUCUGAGGUUGUGUGCGCAUCCCUUCCAUGCUACCGCUGCUACCGCAUGCUACCAAGUGUUCAGAAUCUGGCAUCUCUGGACUUCACGUUUGAUUCACGUAUCUUAAGAUAACAAAAAAAAUUUAUCUUUUGUUGACAGUCGUGAUAAUAAUAAUCACACAUUGUCGAUUUCUCUCUGUAUGCUGUUAUGAAUUCAGCAAUUAUGCUUGGACUUUGAAUAAAAUCCUCGUCAUUAGCUGCAAUCUGCAUACCGCGCAUAUAAUCACAUUUCUUUCUCUCUCUCUGUCGAUGUAGACACCCUGUGUACAAUCGCUGAUUCGAAAAGAUUUAUUUUAUAUAAACUAAAAAAAAAAAAAAAAAACAAAUACGUAUGUGUGACAAAUAUAUGUGACAUACUUAUAUAGCUUCCGAGAGAAAGAACGAGAGAUCGUUCGUUGAGAUAUCGAAGAUAUAAAAUUGUAUUUCACAGGACGCGUUAAUGGAUUUUCGUGUAUAAAUGUACAUUGAUAAGAAUUUGUUGCUUUUCUUGAGGUUACAAUUUUUAUACAAAUGUACAUUUAGAAGCUUAUGUAGUUUCACUCACGAUUGUGAUUUGUUACUUCAUGAAUUAUUGCGCGUGUAAACCGGUUAGAGACAAUUAACUAUAAACGUUAGUAAUUUUACAAGUAAUUUUAAUGAAGCUACGUAAUUUGAUUAUAAACACAAUAAAACUCAUUCUAACAUGUAUAUAAUUCAAGAAAUUGAAUCAGUGAGUGCAAACGUACUUAGGAAGCCAUUAAUGCGUCUGCUCACAAAACAAUAGGCAACAUAUUUAUUUAUCAAGUUCUAUAUCGAAUUAUGUGGAGACAAGAAAUUGUCUGAAAGAAACAAAAAAUAAACAAACGCAUGUAUUUAGUAAAGAAAAUGAAAUGAC